AUGGUUAAGAGAGUGCUCGCUGCGUUACAAGUUGGGUCAGAAAAGACUACCAAAGAAACGCUUGAUAAGAUCUUGAGUUAUGAACAAGAAUUAAAACAAGCUAAUGUCGAUUUAUUAGUCAUACCAGAAGCUACAUUAGGUGGGUAUCCCAAGGGCUCUACGUUUGGUUCUCAUUUGGGAUACAGAUUACCAUCAGGUCGAGAAGAAUUCCUCAACUAUUUCAAACAAUCAAUCACCAUACCUGGUCCAGAAACGCAAAUUUUGGAAACUUUCUCCACUCAGAUCAACGCUACAAUUGCUAUUGGAGUAAUUGAAAAUGGAGGGUCAACAUUGUAUUGCACCAUAGUUUACAUUGACCCUAAAUUGGGCUACGUUGGAAAACAUCGUAAAUUAAUGCCCACUGCCAGUGAACGAUUAGUUUGGGGUCAAGGUGACGGGUCGACCAUUCCAGUUAUUGAAAGUAAGAUAGGUAGGAUUGGUGGUGCUAUAUGUUGGGAAAACUAUAUGCCAUUAUUACGACAAUGUUACUACUCCAAGGGAAUUGAUGUAUGGGUAGCACCCACUGUUGAUAUGAGAGAAAUUUGGCGGUGUUCAAUGAGAACUUUUGCUUAUGAAGGGAGAAAUUUUUUGGUUAGUGCUGUACAAUUCCAACCAGCAUUGGCUAACGAAGAGGAUACCCCGGCAGGAUGGCCCAAAGGCGAGAAUUUGAUAAACGGAGGUAGUGUAAUUAUUAAUCCAAUGGGUGAUGUGAUUGCUGGUCCAUUGAUUGGUAAAGAAGGUUUGUUGACUGCUGAGAUUGAAACUGAUGAUACUAUUAGAGCUAGAUUUGAUUUGGAUCCUGCAGGACAUUAUUUUAGAGGUGAUGUUUUCAAGUUAAUUGUUGAUGAAACAUCGAGUGACGUUGAAUUUGUCAAUGACAAGAGUUGA